CCUUUUGAGACAAGAACGCUUAGUCAUGACACGCCACUGGCUGCAUGGCGCUACGCUGUUGCUCUUCACGAUUCCACCGGUGGCAUGGGCGUGGUGGGACAACGGCCACAUGCUCACGGCAGAGAUUGCACGGCAGCAGCUCACAAAAAGCCAAGUGGCAGUCAUCAAUGGUCUCCUCGAGGAGUGGUCAGAUGAUUUUCCUGGCCUAUGCGAUUUGGUAACUGCUGCCGUGUGGCCCGACCAGCUAAAGUGUGCCAACCAUGGCGCUGUAUGCCCUCGAGCUGUGAUGGAGAACAUACACAUUUUUGAUCCCUGGCAUUUUGAUGAGAAGCCCUACAAUCCACAGAAUUUGACCCUUCCGCAUUGCGCUGAUCAAUGGCUGCCCAAUCCAUCUGCUUCCUUCACUCUAACUUCGGCGAUCACUUCCAUGGGAACUUCGAACUCCCGUUUCGCCUUCAACUUCAUGCUGCGAUGGGUCAUCCACCUGGUGGGUGAUAUCCAUCAGCCCUUGCAUUCAGCUGAUGGCUACUUUGAUGACGCCCGUUUGGGUCAUUUGCCGCAAGGUGAUCGUGGUGGCAACCUGAUCCCCGUCAUCAGCGACUGUGGUGCCAACAAUUUGCAUUUCUACUGGGACUCUGCUGCUUGCCAAUACCUGGUGAACUGGUCGCCUCAUUACCAGGAUCAUCGAGAAGCACUGACCCAGAAUGCCAGCGAUUUGAUCACGAAGUAUCCGCCUUCAAGCUUUGGGACGCGCUACGACCCGGAACACCUGAAAGCCUGCUGGACUCAGUUGCAGAACAAAUCGAAGCCCUCCGGUGUCUUUGAUAUUUGUCAGCAAGUCUUCGUGCGCUGGGUCAAUGACACUUUUGAUACUGGGGUGCCAGGCGUCCCUGGGCGGACCACCAAGUAAAAUAUUGAUUGAAAGGGCCAUCAUCCUGCCCGGUCCUAGCUGAAAGGUUUGAAAGGCCUUCUUGAUCGUCUUGAAGCUUGAACGGUAGGGUAUGAAUAAUGAUAAAUUAUAAGGGCAAUGAGCUCUUGCAUUCACAUGACCAUGUUCAUUUGGCCUACAAGGCGAAGGCUGCCAGCCUUUAGUGAGUUGGUUUCCUGGCUCCCAUAGAAAGGUGGUGGUGAAGUCCUGCCCCAAGAGGUGCUUACGGUGGCAUUACCAGAAAUUCCAUGAUUCCAGACGACUAUGCUGUCUGGGCCAAGGCACUGGACAUGGUUUGCUUUUGGAAAACUUAUGCUGAAUUCGAGUCACAUCUGCAGUUAUCCACGAUGUAUAUACUUGAACGGACAGAGCAGACAGGGCAAAAAAAGAUCGAGAGAUAUAGGAAGGUCAUGGUUGUCACAAGGAAACUCGAGCAAAAGAUUUGCUAAUGCCUUUCUGUAGGAAACUGCUACAAAAACAUAUCAACUUCCCAUUUCCAUACCUGAGUCAUCAAUCCCUUCUCCCACUUAGAUAGUGGGUAAUCGCCAAGCUCUUCGGAGCUUAAAAGUGAAGGAGGCCUUGGAAGCUUUCUCCAGGAGAUGUCGCGUCGGCAGAUUGUGCUGGGCGGCUACCGGCUGGGAGAUAUGCUUCGACUUCUAGCAGAACAGGGCGCAAGAGUGAAGCAAGUGCCAGACAGGAAACCACAUAUGGACCUCAACACCAAGAUCUUCAUGGCAUCGACCAUUGUCCUUGCCGUUCUUCUUGUGCUUCUAUUGAUUCGGUACUGCAAACUGUCGCGUCGUUUGAGAGACAUUACUUCUCCCAAUGACAUGGCAUUGGAAUUGAAUCGAGCCGUUGCUUAGUGAAUCAAAUCUAUGUUC